CCCAAAGUCACAGAGCGCGUGACGCCGAGGGUCUGCUGACGGUUAUCCCCAAGAUAAAAACAAUAGGGGAAGCCCAUCCUCUCGAUAGGCUGUCCGCGUAAUAUAUCGAAAAUCAAGAAGAGCUUUUCAGCCCUUCUAGGAACAAUGUCCAAGUCAACCUUUGCCAUCAUCGCCGCGGCCGGCGCGGCCUCCGGCGCCGCUAUCACCGCAGCUUUCUUCUCGCGGCCAGAGCGCAAAGCCACGCCAGUCGCGACUUCAGUUUCUCUUCCUCCCUCUCCUGCAAGCGGCGCUCAUCCUCCCGUGCCAGCCUCAACUAUCGCAAAGGAACUAGUCCAAGCACCCGUUAACCCAUCAGGGCUUUUCCAAUACGGUUUCCCAGGCCCGAUCAACGACCUUCGACCAGCUUCAUCACUAACCUCCGCGUACGAUCGACGAUUGCGCAACCCUGCUUGGGUCGCCGAACACAUCACUCCGGCCUCGCUGGCUCAGAACCAGGCAGACCGCAGGCACAGCGUCUUUGUCGAGGAUGAGUCAGUUCCGGAGAAGUUCCGUGCCAAACUGAAGGACUACUUCCGCUCCGGAUAUGACCGUGGACAUCAAGUACCAGCUGCCGACGCAAAGUGGAGCCAGGAAGCCAUGGACAGCACGUUUCUGCUUACCAACAUGUGCCCGCAAGUCGGCGACGGAUUCAACAGAGACUACUGGGCCCACUUCGAAGAUUUCUGCCGUCGUCUGACGAGAAAUUUCCCUUCUGUUCGCAUCGUCACUGGUCCGCUGUACCUUCCCAAGCGUGAACCCGAUGGCAAGUGGAGAGUGUCGUACGAGGUCAUUGGAAACCCGCCAAAUGUUGCGGUUCCUACCCAUUUCUACAAAGUUAUUUUCGCCGAGGACGGCAAGACGGGCGGAAAUGUGGCGCUCGGUGCUUUUGUCUUGCCAAAUGCGCCGAUCGCCAACUCUAAGCCUCUUACGGACUUUGAAGUUCCCGUAGAAGCUGUGGAGCGUGCGAGCGGACUCGAGUUCGCCUCGAAUCUCCCGGCCGAGCGGAAGAAGAGGCUUUGUAAGGAAGUCAGCUGCUCAAUCAUUGUAAGAGAGUAUGCGGAUAGGCAAAAAAAUCUGGCCGGCACGCCGCCACCUAAGCUCCCUUCGCCUGCAAGGUAAAUAAGCUUGUACGGUGUCACUAAAUAUGGGUUGGUCGUUAUCUCCUGUGUAUAUUGUUACAGCU